AUGAAGUAUGCGUCACAGCUAGUGAACGAGGCUGUACUCACAUCCUCUCGCAUUCGGCGAUUAGACUUGUUGAUCGCAGUGUCAUCCACUUUCGCAUUAGCCCUCCUCUCCACACUCGCUCGCAUAGUCCUCAAAGUGCGCCAUGGCUGCCACUUCGGGCUCGACGAUUACUUCAUCUUCUUCAGCGCUAGCUGCCUCACCGCUGGCAUUGGGAUUUUUCUCGCCGCCCUUGAUAGUUUCUACCUCCACUCGGCGCUCUCGGGGGACCCUUCGCUCGCGCAGCACGUCACGCCACAGGAGUUCGAGCAACUCGCACGGGUGGACGCCACGGCGCACACAUAUGCCGCAAAUUCCAUUCUGUGGACGUCCACCUUUUGUGUUAAGCUUUCUUUCUUGGCAUUCUUCAACGGGAUCGUGAGAGCCCUGGGGUCUUCAAGGCAUUUGCGUGUUUAUUAUAUUACGACUCUGGUGGUUACGGUACUUGCGGGUGUUUAUAUGAUUGCGGUGCCGUUUAUUGCUUGUCCGCACUUCGAUAAAGAUGCGUAUAAAUGCUUCAAGCACGACUUCAAUUUGAUCUUCAAGGCACUGUCGCUAUUGGGCACCGCAUUGGACAUCCUGACCGACAUUCUGAUCUCACAUACUCUAGUCAUCUCAAUCCCCGUCCUCGUCCUCCGCCACGUGCACAUCUCCCUUCACCAAAAGCUCGUCAUAGGAACCUUCCUCUGCCUCUCCAUCGGCAUGAUCAUCAUCGCCGCCGUCCGGAGCGUUAAAUUCCCCGGCAAAGUCCCCAUGAUGUAUGAUGCCGUUAUCAUGGGCUCACUUACGGCGUUCCGCACCGUGUUUGGUGCUAAAGUAGGGAGGAGCAAGAGGCAGCAGGUGGCGAGGUGGAGACCCAGCACGUGGGGAUUUGUGGCAAUGCCGCGGCGAGGAGAGUUGAGAGAUGCACGUGAUAAGACGUUGCCUGAGAUUCCGAAGGAGACGGCGACAAGGGUGACGAGUGAAGUCUCUGGAGAAGGAAUCGAGACGGGAUGUGUUGAUUACGGUUCCGAGCAGCAGAAUGGUGUUCGGGAUCGGCCUUCGAGUUCGGAGUUUCCUUGGGUUACGGCACCGGAGUGGGUGGCUUAUGGGCGGUCGAGAGCCACUCAGUAG